CAGGCCCUUCUCGCCUUCCUCCUCUCGCUCUCCUCAUUUACGCUUCUACCCUUCAAAACAACACCGAAAUCCAUCACCAUUCACUGCCAUUUCCUACAAAACUGGAGCACAAAACCGGAAACUCAAGUAACAAGCUAAUGGAUCGGUGGGAUAGACCGCCGCCACACCGGAAUAGGGACAACCCGUCCUUCUCCUCCUCUCUCCUUGACGCGAUUUACCGCUCCAUAGACGAACCAGAAGACGCCACGUCAUCGAGAAACCAUACCCGCAGAGCACCAGACCGCCUCUCCAUCCCCACCACCGCACCUUCUAGAAAACCCGUGUCCGGUGAUAGAAUCACCGCCCCGGUAACCGACCUCCCUCUCCCCCACCGCACUUACGACCACCGUCACCGCCACCGCCCUACCUUCCUCUCCACAUCGAGCUCCUCCGACGGCUCCAGCUACGGUGGCUUCUCCUCCUCCGACGCUGAGUCGGCGGCUCACUCCGUUCGCCCGAUCCGCGUCCCCUCCCGCUCCGAUCCCCCUCCUCCCGCGCAGGAGAAGAAGAAGCCCGGCUCGAUCCGUAGCCGCUUCCGCGAUCUACGAAAAUCCAGGGCUCCGGCAUCCCCCGGCGCGCGGCUCGCCAGCUUCCUCAACUCCCUGUUCACCGCCGCCGCCACCCAUAAGAAACCAAAACACCGAGCCCCUGCGCCGGUGCCGGAGGAGACGACCCCAUGCUCAUCGGCAUCAUCAUACACUCGAUCGUGCCUGAGCAAGACCCCAUCAUCGGCGAGCCGGCGAGCACCAAGGAGCGUCCGUUUCUGUCCGGUAGGGGUCGUCGUCGGCGAGGACUGCCGGCCGGUCGGCGAGAAGUGCAUCUAUCCCGCUGCCGGGGCUUUUCCAGAGGAAAUGGAGGAAGACGAUGACGUGGCGAGCGAUGCGAGCUCGGAUCUCUUUGAGCUGGAGAAUCUAACGGCCAUCGGCUCCGGUUAUCACGACGAGCUCCCCGUUUACGAGACCACGAAUCUCGGCACAAAUCGCGCCAUUGCUUAUGGUUUCCUGUAAAAAUUAAUAAAAAUAAAUAAAUAAAAUAAAAAUAAUUGUGCAAAAA